AUGGGUGAUACGAAUGGACGAGUAAUAGCUGGUGGCAAUGGCCAAGGAAAACGAUUGGAUCAAGUGAAUUACCCAAUCGAUGUGUUGAUCGACAAAGAGACUGAUAGUCUCAUUAUUUGUGAUCAAGACAAUUACCGAGUCGUACGAUGGUCUCAUCGUAGUGGUACAACUCAAGGAGAAAUCCUCAUCAACAACAUCUGGUGUUCGGGAUUGGCCAUGGAUAAUCAGAGAUAUCUCUACAUCUCUGACGUCUUGAAAAAAGAAGUAAGACGAUAUCAAACAGGAGACAAGAAUGGAACUAUCGUGGCUGGUGGCAAUGGCCAAGGUGCUGAUCUCAAUCGACUCGACUGGCCAACCUACAUCUUUGUCGAUCAACAGCAGACUGUCUACGUGUCAGAACACAACAAUCGUCGUGUGGUGAAAUGGAAUAAAGGUGCAAAAGAAGGAAUUGUCGUUGCUGGUGGUCAAGACGCAGGAAAUGCUCUGACACAAUUGCCGUAUCCUCAAGGACUGUUCGUCGAUACAUUGGGUACCAUCUAUGUGGCAGACUCGUCGAAUCAUCGAGUGAUGCGUUGGCCUAAAGGAGCGAAACAGGGCACUGUCAUUGUGGGUGGAAAUGGUCAAGGAAACGGAGCAAAUCAGUUCAGCCAUCCGAUGGGACUACCUGGGAAUGAAGUCGCUGCUCCUAUUCGUUUCUCAAUCAAUGCCAACAGUGAAAAUGAUCAAACCACCACAAAUCACUGUCAACCACCAUCAACGCCACCAAGAGCACUGAUAGAAACAAUCGAUCUUCGUAUUCCUAUACUGGUAACUAUUGAUUUCCAUUCGUCACACCUACCAACGAACCCAAACACUGAAGGUUCUCCACUUUAUUUAACACCACAGUGA